AUGCCGACCUCGGCUUCGACGUUCGACAUGGACGACUCGGUCGUACCACGCUCGUCCAAGCAAGCCAAGAUGCUCGGCGUCGGGAUCGACGCGGGGCCGUCCGUCUUCAACUCGCGGUCGCACUCCCCAGCCGCGCCGACUACCGGGAGGAGUCUACCACCACUCCGAACGAUCAACACGGCUCAACCCAACUCGUCGUACCUCGCCGCACCCAACGACGGUCUCCCCAAGCUGCACACACCAGCCUCGGCGGCCAGCAGCUCGUACGCGACCCCGAUGGGCCCAGGCUCCGACAUGCUCUCCGACACCUGGAACGGGUGGGGCGCCAAACUCGCCGCUUCGUCGUCGCAGGGCAGCGAUAACAAGUUCCCGAGUAGUCCACGCGCUGAAGGCACGUCAUCGCGGAAUGAGGUGAGUUCCUUGUUGUUUGUUGUGGUUGUGCUACACCUUGCCGGAGUGGGUGCUGACGGAUGAUGCGUUGUACGCCAUCUCGAUCAGAGCAAAUCUUAUGCCAUGUCCUCACAGUCGCUACGGGUCAACCAAAACCCUGGACUCUCCCGUACCGACUCGGUAGGCUCCUCAUCGACGCCUCGCAAAUUUGACAUGGGCAGCGCCAGCAAGGAGAAGAAGAAGGGCUUGUUUGGCGGCUUCCUCAAGCGCAAAGUCAGCCGCAGCCAGUUCACGGGGGAAACAGAAUCGAUGACAAUGCCUCCAGAAGCAGCCUCGUUCGAUAACGUCGCUUUGCCACCCAAGCUCCAGGCUCGUGGCGACGCGAUGGACACUCUGAGCCGCACCGCGGCAUACGGCAACCUUGGCACCCCCGAUUCGUCUAAACGGCAAAUCACCCGCAACCGGAAUGGGAGGCGAGGCAAUUCGCCACCUCGGCCAGGUACAACGACCAGUGUCGGUCGUCAGGCCUCGGUCUUUUCCGCCGAUCCAUCCAUCUCGCUCGACACCGAUCUCAACAAUCUUGACGGCAUCGUCAAUCCGAGCGCCAUUUCUUCGCCGACGCCGCUGCAUCGGUCCCCAUCACUUGCCUCGAGCUUUGACGCCGGGAUGGGGGCGGCAGCGGCGAGCCCGACGAUGAAUCAAGGGCGGAGGCCAUCGGCUGGGAUGCCACUGCUGAUGCGGCGCAUGUCGAACGAGCGAGGGCUGGGCCUCUCGGGCGGCAGCGGACCAGAGACGCUGAACCUCUCAUCGCUGGGUGUGAACGCUGGUAUGAGUGGGUUUCGAACGAACGGGAGUCUUUCGGGCGCGAGUGGGCCGGCGUCGUUCUGGAGCAAUGGCGCGUCGCAGCCGAGUGGUACCGUCAGUCCGAUGAGCGAGGUGCCGCCCAACAACCUCUCGUUACCCGUCACAGCUGCUCGGGCGAUGUUGUCACGGCCCAGUUUCGUUCGAUCGUCUUCGGGACUCAGUACCAGGACACACACGGGAGGGAACGGCGACGUCGGCUCGAAUGGGGGCCCGAGGAGCGUCGGCUCUGGUCGGAGACCUUCCAUUGCGGUCGGUCAGACCAACGAUCCUUUCGCGCCUGGGGCAUUGGCCUCGACACCUACACCGACGACAUCGAACACGACGAGUACUGCACAGACUGGACCGGGGGCAUGGACCGCGCCUGAUUCUUGGGCUGUCAAAGCCGAGAUGGGAGGGAUGGACCAUGAUGACACUUCCUCGGACGAGGAAGACGAGGAUGAUGAUGAGGAUAACCGAAUCGAGGAGAUAGAGAGUGAUUCGGCGAUGUCGCCUGAAUCGAAACCGGCAAAAGUGUUUGGGUACGACGAGAGUGGGGGUUUAAGGCCGCCAACUGCGGGAGGGAGACCGGUUACGAGAGGUGGGAGACCGGGAACCUCGGAUGGGAUGGGGGGUAGGAUGGCAGCGUCAAAGAGCGUAAGUUCUGUGGUGAUGCGGAGUAUCCGGACAUCGUGUGCUGACGUUUUCGACCUUCCUAUGCAGUUCAUGAUGCGGAUCACGCGCGAAAACUCGACCUUCUCGACUCUGCCGGUCCCCUUGACCGUCACUGCAGGUGAAUUGACGGCUACGUUGGCUCGACGUUUUCAAAUCAGUCAUGCCAAGACGGCGUAUGCUCUGUACCUGCGGGAAAAGGGCUACGAACGACGCGUCGGCGCGAACGAGAAGCCGAUGCUGCUGCAGAAGCGGCGGUUCGAACAAGCCGGGUACACCGAAUUGGACAAGCUCGAAGAGCUCGGCCGAGAGGACAACGCGUAUCUGUGCAAGUUCAUCUACAAACCUGCGCAUCCGUCGAUCGCGGCGGGGGAGGAGGACGUGAACGAGACGAAUCUCGAGUUCGUCGAUCUCUCCGGGCGGCCGGUCGAGACGAUCCCGAUUUACCUGUACCGACACGCGCACGAGAUCGUCAGUCUGAAUCUGUCCAAGAACCGACCGUUCGAUCUGCCGACGGAUUUCGUGCAGCUGUGUACGUCUUUGCGCGAACUGGUGCUGUCCCACAUGGGCAUCAAGAGGAUCCCGCAGGCGGUCAAGGAGUGCUACAGCUUGACACGACUCGACAUUUCGAACAACCAUAUCGUCGAUCUCGAACAUAUCGCUUUGGAAGAAGUAGGGGAGUUGAUGUCGCUUAAAUGCCACAACAAUCGCCUGUGGACGCUGCCGGAUUACUUUGCACGCUUCACGCAGCUCAAGUACCUCAACCUGAGCAACAACCGCUUUGACUCGAUUCCCGCGGUCGUGACCGAGAUCUCGUCGCUCGUUGAACUCGAUAUCUCAUUUAACACCGUCUCCGCUGUGCCUCCCGAGAUUGGGCAACUGAAGAACCUCGAACGGCUCGUCCUGCUCGCCAACACGAUCAAUCCCUUGCCGACGACGUUGACGAACCUGGUCCAUCUCAAGGAGCUCGACUGUCGCCGCAACUUCAUCGCCGACUUGUCCCCGAUUGCGAGUGUGGCACAGCUCGAGGUCUUGCGAUGCGAGCACAAUCAGGCUUCGGCGUUGGACGCGACAUGGUCACAGAUGCGCAUCCUCUCGGCUUCGAACAACUCGCUUACUCGGUUCGGUCUUGCGGGUACGGGUCGGUCGCUGACCUCGCUGAAUUUGUCGUUCGCGAAAUUGUCGACGCUUGCAACGGACAUGUUCGACCAUCUCGGCUCGGUCGAAACGCUCAUCUUUGAUAGCAAUCAAUUGCGCGUCUUGCCCGACGGGAUUGGCGGCCUGUCGAACCUCGUUCAUCUCUCGAUCAAGAACAACAUUUUGGGUCUCUUGCCCGAUAACCUUGGGCGGUUACAGAGGCUGCAGACGCUCCAAGUCUCCGGCAACAACUUGCAAACGCUGCCGUCGAGCAUAUGGAUGUGUGGGCAGUUGACGUCGUUAAACGCGAGCUCGAACCUGAUGCACGACUUCCCGGAUCCACCGCUGUCAGUUGCGACGGCGACUCAAGCGAUGUUGACGUCCGAAGGUGGGCUGGAGGAGUUGGAGGCUCGCAAAGGAUCAACGGUCUCGAAGGCACCUUCAACCUCCUCUGGCCGAAUCGCUUCGCCUUUGGCACUGAGCCUGCAAAAGCUCUAUCUGGGUGAUAAUACCUUGGGCGACGACGUCUUUGCCCCCAUCUCGCUCAUGACCGAAUUGAGGGUCCUCAACGUUAGCCACAACGAUAUUCUCGAGAUCCCACCGUCGUCGUUGUUCAAGUUGCAGCAGCUGGAAGAGCUUUACCUCUCGGGGAACAAGAUGACGAGUCUGCCUCCCGACGACCUGGAGCGAUUGCACAACCUCAAGUUGCUGUAUCUCAAUGGAAACAAGGUUAGUCGGUCUCGGGUUGAGUAGUGUUUUUGCGUGAAGCUGAUGGCUCGACGCCUUGGUGCGCUUGCGUGUGGGGUGUAGCUCCAAACGCUUCCUGCCGAACUGGGCAAGAUCAAAAAGCUGUUUGCGCUCGAUGUCGGGAACAAUGCACUCAAGUACAACGUCGUCAAUUGGCCCUAUGAUUGGAACUGGUGCGUAUUCGAUUGGUGUGUUCCACAGUGCCGAGAAGCUGAUUCCUCUCAUCCCUUUGCACAGGAACUGGAAUUUGGAACUGCGCUUCCUCAACCUGUCGGGCAACAAACGACUCGAGAUCAAACCUGGGCAUCAGAAUGACGAUCCGAGUGUCCCCCGCAACGCCAAGCGACGCAAUCUCGCCGACUUUUCGGCUCUGACCAAGCUGCACAUCCUGGGUCUGAUGGACGUCACGCUCAUGAUUCCUUCGGUACCGGACGAGAGUGAGGAUCGACGCGUGCGCACGUCCCUGUCCGAGAUCAAUGACAUGGGCUAUGGCAUAGCCGACACUUUGGGCCAGCGCCUCGAGACGUUGACCUUGGUCGACAUCGUCAUCCCACGCUUCCGGUCCAAGGACGACGAAGCCAUCUUUGGUCUCUUUGACGCGGUCAACAAGGGCCAGAACACGGGUGCGAAGCUCGUCAAGUAUCUGCAGGAUUACUUCACGGCGAUCUUUACGCUCGAGCUGUCGAGGCUCAAGAGCGGUGAGGUCACGAGCGAUGCCUUACGACGCGCCUUCCUCGGUAUCAACCGCGACUACGGCAACAUGCUCCUUCCGACGCUUGAGACACGGCGCAAGGACUCGGAGAUCAGCUUGACCGAUCGGUCGCAGGCCUCGGCUCGGACGGGAGCGGCAGGUAUCAUCGUCUACAUCCGCCGCAAGCGAGUGUACGUCGCCAAUGCGGGUAACGCGCUCGCCGUCAUCGCCGGUCGCGGUGGAACGUCGAGGUUCAUCUCGAAGCGACACGAGCCCUUCGAACCGGCCGAGGUUGCGCGCAUCCGCACGGCCGAAGGAUGGAUUUCGCAUCGUGGUUACGUCAAUGACGAAGUCGACAUCUCGCGUUCGUUCGGGUUUUACAACGUCUUCCCCGCGAUUAACGCCUCGCCCAACAUUGAAGAGUUCGAGCUGGCCGACACGGACGAGUUCAUCAUCAUUGCCAAUCGAGGGUUGUGGGAGCACAUGUCGUACCAGAUGGCCGUCGACGUUGCCCGCACGGAGCGAGCCGACCCCAUGGCUGCCGCGGCCAAGUUGCGUGAUCUAGCCAUCUCGUACGGUUCGUCGAACAACAUCAUGGUCAUGGUUCUGGCCGUCGGCGACCUUUUCAGCAAGACCAAGAAGAACUACCGGGGCGUGCAGCGAGGUGUCGCCAUGGCCAACGACGACGAGGGCUUCUAUGGUGCUCAUCGAACGGGACAAGCGUUACGUCGCGGUAAGCAGGAAGAAGCCGCCGGCGAGCGCUAUCUCAACCUGCUCGAUCGAGAGGUGGCCCCGCCCGUAGGAAUGGUGGCCUUGGUCUUUACGGAUAUCCGCAACUCGACCGCAUUGUGGGAAUCGAACCCGGGCAUGCAGACCGCCAUUCGCAUGCACAACCAGCUCUUCCGUCGUCAACUUCGUGCCAUCGGUGGCUACGAGGUCAAGACUGAAGGUGACGCCUUCAUGAUCUCGUUCCCGACCGUGACGGGAGCCCUCUUGUUUUGCUUGACCGUCCAACUCGAGCUCCUGCGCGAGGAUUGGCCCCAAGAGAUCCUUGACUCGGAGGAGGGCAAGGAAAUCACCGACUCCAAGGGCGAGACGAUCUACCGUGGUCUGUCGGUGCGCAUGGGUAUUCACUGGGGUCAACCCGUGUGCGAAGCAGAUCCCAUUACCCGUCGAAUGGACUACUUUGGUCCGGUCGUCAACCGCGCUGCGCGUAUCGCCUCGAUCGCAGAGGGCGGUCAGAUCUCGGCCAGUCAGGAUGUCAUUGAUAUUAUUCAGGUCAGUUAGGAUUCGUCGCUGUCUCUGUCUUUGCCUGGAAGUAUACUGAAUCAUCUUCUCCACUCUUUGGCCACUAGGAUGUUGUCAUGGAGAUGAAACCAGAGCCGUCUUCACUCGACAGCGAUUCUGGCUCGUCGCCCGACGAAGAGGAGUGGAUUGACCCCAACGAGAAGCAAGACAUCCUCGCCCUGCGUCGUCUCGGCUUCGGUAUCUCGGAGCUGGGUGAACGUCGUCUCAAGGGUCUCGAAGCUCCCGAGCUGGUGUCCCUCAUCUGGCCUAAAGCACUCAAGGAACGCAUCAAGCUCUCGGGCGACAAGGACGAACAGCAACAGACCGAGGUGUUCGAUCCUUCAUCCCAGGUCCUCGAUGUGUCCGUCGUCAAGGGCUUCGGCCGAGUUACGCAUCGUCUCGAAGCAGUGGCCGCGGCUUUGGUUCACCCAAAGCGAAAAGACGGUCAAGGCGAUCACCCGACCGAACUGGCUGUGGCGAACCGACAGGCCCCAAUUUUCCCGGCCUCGCUCGCGUACCCGAUCCGACCCGAUGCCGCCGACGAAGAACUCGCGGCCUUGCUCGAGGGCUACCUCAUGCGUAUUGAGAAUGUCCUCUCGACGCUCGUCCUCCACCAACUCGGUCCCUUCACCGAGAUCCUCGCCGCCCUCGGCUCAGCAAUUAAGACCGAUCCGAGAAGCAUCAUGCUCGCGCUCAGUCGCUACGCUGCGAUCAUGCAUUCCCUUCCCCCUACGAUCAUGAAUUCACCACCAUCACCUUCUUCUUCUUCCCCCGCUGUUGUCACUAAUACUCUUUAA